AUGUUUCCUUCUCUAGACACCAAUGGCUAUGACCUCUUUGAUCCCUUCAAUCAAACAACAAUGCUCCCUUCUUUCAAUAUUCACAUCCAAAGCCCUAGUUCUCACCAUCACCUCCCUUCUCCUUCUUUGCCUUUCUCUACAGAUUUUCUUGAUGAAUCUUUCUUGAUAAGCCAAUUCUUGUUACAACAGCAAGAAGCAGCAACAAAUGUUGCUGAAUCUCCGAGAAAGGUUUGCAAGAAGCUUGAGCAAAAGGGGAAGUAUGUUGAUGGAACCACCUCAGAGAAGAUUCCACGGAGAAGAACGGGAAAAAAAAGGGACAGACAUAGUAAGAUCUGCACCGCUCAAGGUCCUAGAGAUCGGAGGAUGAGGCUAUCUCUUCAAAUUGCUCGCAAGUUCUUCGAUCUUCAAGACAUGUUGGGUUUCGACAAAGCGAGUAAGACUAUCGAAUGGCUUAUCUCCAAAUCAAAGGCUUCCAUCAAGCAAGUUAAAGAAAGUGUGGCUGCAUCAGGAGAAGACUUUGAACAUCUCCAGGUUAAAGAAAAGGCGAAGAAUGAGACUUUGAAAGUCUCAAAGAGAAGAACAAAGACUAUGGAGAGCUCUUGUAAGAAGAAAGAGUCGAGAGAGAACGCUAGGAAACGAGCAAGAGAGAGAACAAUGACUAAGAUGAAGAUGAGAUUAUCAGGGCUAAUUGACACCUCGAAAACAUUGACAGAUCCUCGUGAAGAAACAAGGAAGAUUAAGAUAACCAGUGGUGCACAAGUACUAGAAGGGGAAAAUCAAGAACAAGAAUGGAGUACUACUAAUGUGAACAUGGUUGAGUAUCAAAUGGAUUCUGUGAGCAUCAUAGAGAAGUUUCUUGGACUAACCAGUGACACUAGCUCCUCUUCCAUCUUAGGAGACCCAGAGGAAUCUUACACAAGUCUAAGCUUCAUAAGAAGUACUACUUCAACAACAGGAAUGGUGACACCAAGAGAACACAACACAACUUCAAUAGCAUCAGGAGAUGAGGAGAGAUCAAACCCUAUUUCAUCUUUUUCUCUAUACGAUUACAUCUGCUACUGA